GUGCCGUACAAAGUACACUAGUACCAGCAGGUCCUCUCCUGAGCCCUGACAAAAACAGCUCUGAGGCUGAUUAUAAACUGUACUAAAAGAUUGUGGUUACCAUGGAAACUGAGGGAAAGGUGAUCAAGUGCAAGGCAGCAGUGGCCUGGGAACCUGGAAAACCACUGUCCAUUGAGGAUGUAGAGGUCGCUCCUCCCAAAGCACAUGAAGUACGGAUCAAGAUGGUGGCAUCUGGAAUAUGCCAUACCGACUGGACUUUCCUACAUGAAGUUGGUAAAACAAUGAAUCCACAGCCUUUUCCUGUGGUUUUGGGGCAUGAAGGGGCAGGAGUGGUGGAGAGUGUCGGUCCAGGUGUCACAAAGAUGGCCAAAGGUGAUAAAGUUAUUCCUUUAGUCGUGCCACAGUGUGGACAAUGUGAACGUUGCCUGAGUCCAAAGACAAAUCUUUGCUCCAAAAACUGGGAGAAAACUCAGCAAUGCCUUCUUGCUGAUGGCACCAGCAGGAUCACCUGUAAGAAUCAGCAGGUUCAUCAGUUUAUUGCUAUCAGCACUUUCUCUGAAUAUACGGUUGUGCCAGAGGACAAUGUGACCAAGAUUCACCCAGACGCUCCACUGGACAGAGUGUGUUUGCUGGGCUGUGGAGUUUCUACAGGAUAUGGGGCAGCAGUGAACACAGGCAAAGUGGAAUCUGGCUCCACAUGUGCAGUGUUUGGUUUGGGAGCUGUGGGACUGGCAGCUGUCAUGGGCUGCAAAGCUGCCGGUGCCACCAGAAUCAUCGCUGUUGACAUCAAUUCAGACAAGUUUGAGACCGCCAAGACAUUUGGAGCGACUGAGUUUGUGAACCCUAAAGACCACAGUAAACCUAUUCAGGAAGUGCUGAGGGAGCUGACCAAUGGUGGGGUUGACUACGCUCUUGAGUGUGUGGGCAAUGUGGGGGUUAUGAGAGCAGCUGUGGAAGCCUGCAGUCCAGCAGGAGGAGUCUGUGUGAUGGUGGGCUGGACCCGGAUGGGGGAACUAACCCUGGUCUCUGAGGAUAUUCUGCUGGGAAAAACUUUGAAAGGCUCCUAUUUUGGUGGUUGGAAGAGUGUUGAGGCAGUCCCCAAGUUGGUGCAGGAGUAUCUGAGCGGGAAGAUUCUGCUGGAUGAGUUUGUGACUCACAGAAUGACUCUAGAUCAGAUUAACCAGGCCUUUGAUCUCAUGAUCACCGGAAAAAGUAUUCGCACAGUGAUCCAGAUGUGAGAUGAAGGAAUGAAGAUCUGCCUCAAACAGAACAGUAUUUACAGUACAUUCAGACAUCACAUCCAUCACAGAAGAAUCGAUGUUUUAUCAUAAAAUGCACUAAAGCUGCAUAGAUCUCAACAGUUCAGAUCACUUCUGUCCCAAAUCCUUUUUAACAUAAUUCAUUAUGCACAUAAAUAUCUUAUCACACACAAACACUAUUGUUUAACAUGUACUGUAGAGAGAAGCUUCUGUUCACUAUCCUACCAGUAGAUGGCAAGCUUGUACUACCAACCGUCCUCAUUGACUCCCUUUGUCUCUCUCUUCGUUCUCAGUUUUCUCCAGUCAAACAUUUAUUAUUAAAUUUCACUGAGGCUUGGCUGAAUAA